AUGAGACCGCAGUCUGUCCCAUUGUCCAAGAACCCGCGAGCUCAUUUGCAGCAAAAUCGGCCACAUUCAGUGGCCGGCCCGCGGGCACCCAGGCGAAAACAUCGGCAGCCAUCAGUACACCCUGAGCCACCUGUGGAUGAGUUCGAUGCGGAAAAGAUCUUGUACGGAGAUCCCUUGGGGCGGUUCCGCGCGGCGAAGCGGGACGUGAAGCGCGUGGAGGAGCGCCUGGCUGCCACGCAGGGCCCCUUCCAGAAGCCACCUCUGGCAAAGUACAUGGCCAUGAAGCAUGAUCCACUCCGGAAGAAGUCCUUGUACGAGAAGUUCAAGGAGGUCAAAGACGCCAACGACGAGACGGCGCAGGCCAUGCGGGCUGACCGUCUCGAGCGUUGGAUGCAGGACGCCGCCGCCGUUGCCACGACGGUCCGGGGCGUGCUCCGCAUCAAUGACGAAGAGACAAUCUCAAGGUCUCGACCCGCUGCCCUCCGGAGACAGUCGACCGCCGCCGAUGCGGUCUUCAUGCUGGACAACGUCGAUGCCCUUCUGGGUCCAAUGGACAUGCUCAACUUCGCAGGCCACGGGGCAGCUGAACACAGGGAAGCAAAGCAGCAGGAGGAGGCUCGCCAAGAGCACAUGGCCGAGCUGCAAGCAAAGUACGGCAUUCAGAGAGUGGAGCUCCCGCUCCCGCAGGAGAAGCCCAAGAAGAAGGCGCCCUCUACGCCCCAGCAGCUGCAGCAGAAGAAGAAGGAAGAGGUCAUCGUCUUCGAUCAGCCGUUGUCUGUGGCAGUCGGCGAGUUUGAUCGCUGGAUGCGGAAGUAUCUGCGGCGCUGGAACCUCAGCUUCAAAGGAAUGACCACGGGGCCCGGCGCGUGA